AUAAAAACUGUUUUCUCGUAUUUUUUGUAUUAUUUUCUUAAUUUUCUCUCCUCUUUUAUCCUUUCAUCAUAAAUUUGUGUAAUGUUCUUUUUGCUUCAAUGUAUUUAAUUUCAAACAAAUAUUCCAGACCAUAAUAACAGCCUGCACCUAUGACAUCAAGAUCAAGAUCAAGGUAGUAUCGCCUGGACGGGGGGGAUCAUCAUCAAAGAGUUUCUCGCCAUUAAAAGCAAACAUGAUAAAAAAGAAAAAGUUUCUGUCAUUAAUGAGUGGAACUUUUAUGCUGAUGACAGUAUAUUUAUGUGGAUGGGACAUAUCACUGGAUGAAGCUUUUGUGGAACUGCCCAGCUGUCCUUCAUGCUAUGGUCAAGGUCUUUGUCCACUGAUUCUGCCACAUCAAAAUGCAUCAGUUCAAAGAAUUGAACUCACUGGUACCUCUGGUUGGAAACUCAUGAGGUUUGUAAAUUACAAAAAUGUGUACUAUGGACACAGUGGUGAAAAUCCAGUUGUGUUGAAGAAACUAGCUCACGAUACAGAGCUGCGUGAAUUUGACAAGAAAGUAUGCAAUAUGAAGAGAGCACUUAAUUGCAAUGUUUCUGAAAUUCUUGGCAAUUUGUUAUGGAGAAAUAAUUAUGAUGUUGCAUUAGUUAUCAGGCAACAUCCCUCAGUGUUUGGAAAGAGUGAUAGCAUCAUGUGCAAUCACAGUCGAAUACUGCAGCAUCUGUACAGAAAGUAUACCAAGAUUGACAAGGGACCCCACCAGCAGCAGCAUUUCCUCACUACUCUAGCCAUCAACUCUGAGCCUUUGUUACUCAGUGCCUUUGAACAAACUGGUUGGUUCCCUGCUCUGCGUGGGACGUGUGGGCGAGUAAUAGUAGAGGAUUACGUAGGUCCAACACUCACCCAGCUAAGUCACGUGCCAUGGCUUGAGCGUGCUGACUAUGCUCGCCAACUUCUGGAAAUGGCUCAGGAGUUUUCUUACUCUGAAUUUCGUCUUUAUCUGACUGAUGUAUCUCUGGAUAAUUUUGCAGUUGAUGCUGAAGGAAAAGUUAAAAUAAUUGAUGCUGAAAACAUUGUGAUGGUGGAUCCUUCUGUGCUUAAUCUUGAGACAACUGAGCAUGUUAAUGAAGGCAUUGGUUGCACAGACUGCCUAAGCUUCUCGUAUGAAGAUCUCUGUGGUCACACCUCUGCUGAUCAUAACUUCUUUGCUGUAUGUAAGGGAAUGCUUUCAUCUACUUCUUAUUCCCGUGAUCUCCCAGUGGGCCUCUUGUACUCCCCACCCUCCUGGGUUACUGAAAAGUACCCAGCACUACAGAGGGACAUAGAAGAUUGUGCUGGCCACUUCAGUCGCAGUUCUCAUCACAUUCCAAGGAGAAGAGAUGCUGCAAUUCGUCUACUUUUUCAUAUACAGGAUAUAUUACGGAAAAGUGUUAAGUACAGCUGAUAUGCUAAAGGAACUGAUGUGAUUGUAAUUCAUUACAUCAAAAGUUCAACAAUUAUGAGGACAAGAAACAAACUGAGUCACUGCCUUGAGAAAGCAAAGUACUGGAGACCUAACUAUUGGACGACAGCACAGCAAGGAAGCAGGUAUGAAGAGACUUAAUUGAAGAGGUGAAACUUCAGUGCUAACUGUUGGUAGCAGAGGGCUCUAUAUUUUGAAAAGAGUAAUGAAGUCUCUUCAUCAAUUUGAGAGAAAUAGGGCACGUUACUUUUUUAUGCUGUGGUUUGAGGUGAGCAAUAUGUCAUGGUAUUUAAUACCAGGGCAUUGUGGUCACAGCAUUUCUUUUUCAUAUAGGAACUGUUACACAUUAUUACUCUCUUGAAUUGGUGAAGAGGCUCUAUUACUUUAUCUUAUUCAUGUCUAGUUCCUCUCAAUUAUCAGCAGCAUCUCCUUGAAACACCCAUUACAAAUAUUUUCAUAAGCAUUCCGGCAUUGAAGAUCUACGGUCUACUAUGUUUUUAUCAUCAACUGUGGAGCAAUUUUUCCAACUUUGGGUUUUGAAGAUGAAGUUUCACCUCUUGUAAGUGAAAUAUCUAGUCAAAAUAUGAACUACAAGGAAGUUGAAGCUAAUGGGAGAUAAAAUUUUGGGUUUCAAUACUGAUAAUGAUAAUAAUUUUGUAUAUAUUUUUAAUAUAAUCUCUGUUUUGAGCAAAUUUAACUUCAGAACCAUUUACAGUAGAACCUCAUUUAUCCAACAUGAACAUGGGGAAGCUCAUGCUGCAUAAACAGUUUUGCUAUUGUUCCGAGACUUACUCUUAUAGAAUUGCCAAAACUCAUAUGGACGUCUUUAUUAUUAUAUAUUACCUAACAUUAUCAUGCCAAACAAUGUUGAAAAAUAGGUCACUCCUCUGCCCCCUGAAGCUAGGAGAAAAUUAAAACUCUUGUCAGCUGGCAUCUACAUGUCUUACUGUAAACAGGCAAAUUAUACUUUGUCAUUGUAGGAAAGUUUCAUUUAGUCGGCGCAACAUCUGUGGCCAUAUGCCGGAGAGAGACAGAAGGGGAAGGAAUUAUAGGAGAAGGGAACAGAUCCCAGGAGACGGGACACAACCCCCAAUUAAUACCUGGUACCCAUUCACUGCUGGGUGGACGGGGGCGUAAGGCAUCCUUUGUUAUCGUAUGAUUUUACAAACUGUAACUAUUACUAAUACAGUAAAAGUCCAAUACUCUGGAAAUCCCAAUGGUUUAGAAUUUUUAGCUGGGUUUACUUUUAGCUUUUUUCAAUAACUUUGAGGUAGACUGGAGGGAAAAUCCAAUAUUGAAAAACAGACGAAUGAGAAUGGGGAAGAAUGAAUUUGUGAUGAGAGAGUAUGAGGGAGGGGGUGUCAGGGGAAGACCACCUUAAAAGUGGAUCAAUAGGGUGAGUGAGUAUUGGAGUGAGAGAGUUGAAAAUAGCAGGAUUGAGUGUGCUGAGAAGGAGUGGCAGAACAGGGAGAGAUGGAGACACUUCUGCCACGGCCAUCCCCUGGAGGGAAGUUCCCGUGAGGGAGCAGGGCGUCAGAGAUAUAGAUAGAUAGAUUGUAUCCAUACUUUCUCUUUAAAUAAAUAAUGUUUCAUGCAAGGAUUGUCAGACUGCAUGCACAAGAAAUACUACUGGAUACGAGUAGCAGCAUAAAGUUUCUCUAAACAAUCAGUAGA